CAGCUAUCCUAGUAGCACUGCAGAUCAAUGGAGGCAAGAAAAAGAAAGGAACCGUGUCCUUGCCAAGCAAGGAGGUGACCCAACACACUCAUCUCACUCCAUGUCAGCCGCUGCUGCUGCCGCUGCUGAGCAUCCUCCUCCUCAAGCAAUCCCCUUCCUUCCCAGUCCCAGGACCACACCAUGCAUCCAUCCAUGGAAUUCCUCUCAAAUACAGCAGCAGCUCCGGCCGACGGCACGCCAUGGAACCCCUCCUCCCCGAGAAUAUAUAAACACGAGAGGAGGGGUCACUGUCCGUGUACGCUCGCGGCGAAAGCGAGCACCUUGGUCGCCGUAACGUACGUCUCCGGCGAUCACCGGAGGGCGGGCGUCGGCCGGCCAUGGACCGUCGGCGGGGCGCCGCGCGGGAGUACGAGGACUUCGACCCUGUCGUGGAGUGGAAGCUGCCCGGCGAGGACCAGGACGUGGUGGAGAUCUCGCUGCCGGGGUUCCGCAAGGACCAGGUGAGGGUGCAGGUGGACAACCACGGCGUGCUCCGCGCCACCGGGGAGCGCCCGGCGAGGGGUGGCCGGUGGGCGCGGUUCAAGAAGGACCUCCGCCUCCCCGACAACUGCGACGCCAACGGCGUCCGCGCCAGGUUCGAGGGCGAGAAGCUCAUCAUCACGCUCCCCAUCGUCGCCGCGGCCGGAGCGGUGGCGUCCCCGACGCCGUCUCCUCCGGAGACUGAGACGUCGCCGUUGCCACUUGGGACGGCAGCUGCUGGUCCGGGGCAAAUGGAACCUGCCUUGCAGGAGAGAAAAAUCGCUGUGUCACCCCCUUCUCCGGCACCCCUGCCUUGGCUGCCUAUCCGUCACGAAGAGGAAGCGUGGAAGAAGCAACUGCAAGAUGCUACUUCUCCGGCAGCCCUGCCUCCUCGUCUACCGGAGGAGAAGAACAAGAGCAAGAAACAGAAGGGGACGGGUGGUCCGUCGGGGAAGAGCCAAGCGCAGGCGGUGGGAGAUGCUCCGGUGCCGCCGCCGGAGCCUACAAGGCAGCUGCUGGUGAACGCUGUUGCGGCGGCGGUCGUGCUCGUGGGGAUCAUCUGGUGGGCGUGGCGCAACGCAACCUCAGCAGCUGAGCGGCCGAUAGAGAGCUGCCCAUUUGAAAUGGACCGAAACUUUUAGAAGUGCUGCUUGUAAUUAUGUGUUGUCUCUGAACUUGCAAUUGCACAAGUCAGUGUAUCUACCAAACAGAUUAUCAGUGUAUAAACAUGUAGCUCACACACGCCUGUGUCAAAAGCAAAAAAAUAUUAUUGUAUCGAAACAAAAAUAGUGCCUUA